AUGUCUGCUUCAUGGUCUCCAUCACCACUCAUUCCACCCUUCCGAUUUGGUACAGUGGAACAUGAGGUCUAUAGGGGUGCAUAUCCAAAGCAACGCAAUCUACGCUACCUCAAGCGACUGAAGCUCAAGACGAUCCUUUCACUUAUUCCUGAUGCACCAGAUGCUAUCUUUCAGGGAUUCUGUGCUCAACAAGGAAUCCGAUCGAUCCAUUUGCCAGUGGAUAAAGUCAAGGAUAAUGUACCCCUCACUUAUAAUCGUGCUGUCGAAGCAGUUCAGGUUAUCAUUGAUCAAGAGAACUUACCGAUUUAUAUCCACUGUCUGGAUGGAGCAAGCGUCACCGGAUUGGUCGUUUGUUGUCUUCGCAAGCUUCAAACCUGGAGUGUUCCAUCCGCCAUGGGGGAGUUUCUAAGGUAA